GCUAGACCUCAAGGAGCGUUAUAACCGUUCGAAAGGACUUUUUAUUUAGUUGACAGUCUUUACGCUGCUGCAUCUCCUGCAAGCGACUACGCAACCGCUGAUGAAGGCCCCACGUGUUUCCACUCAUACAAAUUCUGUACAACUAGAGACAGCACAAGGAGAGCUUCCUUCUACUGGCGCUUAACCGGGGCGCAACUCCUCAGUUCCAGCGUGGGCUUGUAGCAGGCGGGAGCAAUGCCGGCAAGCAGCGUUGGAGACAGCGAGACACGGAGUGUUAAUAGCUUCGCAAGUAGUUUCAGCCAGCGUUCAUUCUUCGGCAAGCUUAAUAAGUAUGAGCUCAAGAGGCGCUUUUACGAAAAGCUGGAUGACUUCAAGAAUAAAGUUCUUCUACAUAAGGAACAAGGCUUCAUCGUGUACCGCGCCCGCUGCAUGUACAGCGGCGGCGUGGUGGUGCUCAAGGGCUACAGCCGCGAGAGCCUCACGCUGCAGACGCGGCAGCGGGUGUUCAGCGAGGUGUCGCUGCUGCAGCGCGCGCAGUGCCCCUUCAUUCUAAAGUGCUUCGACUCCUUCGAGGACCAGGGUUGGUGGUGGCUGGUGCUUGAGAACUGCGCGGCGGGCGACCUGUACCGCAUCGUGCAGCAGAGCGGACCCAUUCGGGAGGAGGGAUGGCUGGUGUCGCAGGUUCUGCUGCCCAUCCUCCAGACGCUGGCCUACCUGCACGCGGAGGGGGUCAUACACCGGGACAUCAAGCCCGAGCACGUGUUAUUCAACAGCGAGAAGGUGGCCAAGCUGUCCGGGUUCUUCCUGUCGUGGGACGUCAACAGAUACAGCUACCCCAAGGACAUGGUGGGCACGCUGGACUACGUGGCGCCCGAGGUGUUUGUGCUGAACGGCCCCAACGCCAAGCAGCAGCAGGUGACGCACUACGACUACAAGGUGGACAUCUGGGGUGUGGGUAUCAUGUCGUACGACGUGCUGGUGGGCUCCCCGCCCUUCAACACCGACGACCCCAACACCACCGUGGAAGCCAUCCUGCUGCGCGAGGCGGAGUACCCCGACUUCAUGAGCGAUGAUGCGGUGGACUUCAUUGACCAGUGUCUCACCAAGGACCCCGCCAAGCGCCCCACCGCCCGGCAGCUGCUGACACACCCCUGGAUCCGCGCCAACCUGGACUGGGAGCCGCCCGAGGAGUUCGACGACCCCAUCCCCAACAUCGACUUCAGCUACUAUCGAGUGGGGGGGCAGGCGGGGGAGGGGCUGGAGGACAGCGGGGACGAGGAGGAGGACGGGCGCAGGUGGUACAACCCGCUCACCUGGAUCAAGCGCCGCACCAGUCUGGAGGACCUGCUGGCGCCCGACCCGCACGACACACCCCCCGCACCGCCGCCGGGACCGGGAGCAGGCGGGCAGCCGGGAGGGGGCGGGGGAGGAGGGGUGGCGGGGCCGAGGGGGGGAGCGGGAGCAGCAGGGGGCUGGCGGCUGACGCACUCGCUGUCGCAGCUGGCCAGGAACUUCAUGGGAAACAGGGUGCAGGUUGCUCCCGACCAGCAGCCCAGUCCGCUCACCGGCGGCAGCAGCGGACUGGGCGGCUUGUACGACAUAUCCUCCUCCCCCGCAGCAGCAGCAGCAGCAGCAGCAGGCGGGCUUGGCGGUGGUGGGCUGGGUAGCAGCAGUGGCAGCAGUGACGGCGGGGUGGCUGAGGGCGGCGGCAAGAAGGCGUUUCAGAUGCUGCCGGGGCGCAGCAUGAAGCGGGAGGACCUGCAGGGGGUGCCCGAGGGCGACGAGGAGGGACUGGACCCGGAGAGCGGCCAGCAGCUGCUAGGGGGUGGUGGGGGUGUUACCAACGGCAGCGGCCGCAUGACAGGUGGCAGUGGCAGCGGCAGCGGCACCCCUGCCGGACUCCCGGUGGUGGGCUCCCUGAAAGCCUCCUUUAGCAGCAGCCAGCAGCAGCAGCAGCGGCCGUACAGCCCGCCUUCCAGGCCAGGCACGCCGCUGCAUGGGGCGAAUGGCGUCGCCGCCGCCGCCACUGAGCCGGCGGCCAAGACGACGCCGACGUGGCUGACGAGCGACGUCAAUGGCGGCCGCUGCGACAGCGGCAGCAGCAUGACGGCGGCGGCGGCCGCCGCCGCCGCGGCGCUACUGGCGAGUGGCGGCGGCUCGGGUAAGAAGCUGGCGGUGGCCUGUGCGAUAGAGUACGGCAGUGGUGGAGGCGGCGGAGGUGGCGGCGCGAUGACUCCAACCAAGGCUCCGGCCUUCCUGCCGUACCCCGCGGCGGCGGCGCCGGUGCCGCCGACGCUGCCGAGCAGCCAAGGCGGCGGUGAUGACGUCACACUGGUCCAAAACGUCGAUACCGCCGGCGCCGGCGCCAUUGAGGUCGCGCCUGGCGGCGGCGGCGGCAUUGGUCGUACGACUGCUGCUGCCGUACUGCCGCGACGGCUGGUCAACCCCAAUGCACACGACUCGGCGACGAGCAGUGAGAUGCGCCGCAGCGGCAGCAGUAACGCCAGCAGGGCCAGUCCUCGCAUUCCCGCGGCCCCGCCCUUUACCGACACCGCUGCCGCGGUACCAGACGCUGGCAGCAACAUCAGCAGCCCCAAAGGAACCAUCGCUGCCGCCGCCGCCACCGCCGCCGCCGCCGCCGCUGCAGGUGCUGCUGCUGCUUCUUCGCCCUCCUCUCCCGCGUCGCUGCUCCAGCGCGGCGGCAGUGGAGAGGGCUCCGACCUGCUGCCGCUGCUGCCCUCGGAAAAGCUGCACAUGGCGGCGUCAGAGGACAGCGUCGUACUGCCCUCACCGGUGCCGGUGCCGCCGCCGGUGCCGGUGCCGUCACGUCUGGGGCCGGGCGGUAGUGGCAACGGCAGCGGCGGAGGGUCGCCCGGGGUGUCUGGCUCGAUCCCCGCUGCGAGUGCUGCUGCCGGCGGCGGCGGCGGCGCGGCGACGGCAGCAGCGGUGGCAGCCGCAGUAUCUGGGGCUGCUGUUGCUGCUGCGUCUGUGACGUCCCCUGGGCGGCCGUUGCCGCAUCUGAGCUCUGCGGUGAUCCAAUCUGUGGAGGAUGAGACGGCUCCCGGACCCGAGGCUACCCAUGCUUCCUCCCCCUUCCUGGUUCCCUCCUGCUCCGGCAUGUCCUCAGCCGGCCAGCCCUCCGCCACCGCUGAGGACCUGCGCGCCGCAACCGCCGCCCUCUCCUCCUCAGCUCACAUAGCAGCAGCCAACAUGGCAUCAGCCAACAUCGCAACAGCAGUGGCGGCGGCGGCAGCAGCCCUCUCGUCCUCUCCCUCCACCGCUACCAAGCCUGCUGCUUCCGGGCUGUCUGGCACACCCAGGAUUACCGCAGCAGCUGCAGCUGCUGCUGCGGCGGCUGCACCCAUGCCGACAACAGCUGCUGCCCUAGGUGCUGCUGCUGCCGUAUCAGCACCUCAAACUAACACCACCAGUACGAAUAGCCGUCCUACGGCUGCUGGUGCUGCCGGCGGUGCUGCUGCUGCUGGCAGUGUUGCUGGUUUGGCGCCUGGGGAGGCCUUCCUGCCUUCCUCCACCUCCUCCACCUCGGUGACGGCAGCCAUUGCUGCUGCGGCUGCGGCUGCUGCUGCUGCACCUACCGGAUCUUCAUCUUCAUCAGCUGCUGCUGCUGCUGGCAGCAGCAGUGUCACAGCAGCAGCAGCAGCAGCAAGCGGGGUUGUUGCUGAGCCGCAGCAGCAGGCGCAGCAGCAGGGGCAGCAGCAGGGUCAGGUGCUGCUGCCGGUGUUGCCGGCGGGGGGCAGCAGGACCACCCCCAGGGAGCGGGAGGACGCCCGGCUGCUGACGCAUACCUCGGAUGGGGGGGAGGCGUGAUGAGGGCCGUCGAUGGGUGGGACAGGAAGAGGGGGUGUUAGGGGCGUGGAUGGUGGGCAGAUGGGCGGAUCCUGAUUAGGCAAAGAGCGCAUGCAAGGUGGGGAGGGUGGCUGCUGACAGAGGGUAGUGGGGUUGCCGGCUUGGGCGUAGGACCAAGGUCGGCCCAAGGCAGGGCAGGGCAGGGAACGACCGGUACCUAGCAACAGCAGGGGCUCCCUGGGGCUCACAAGCAGUGCGGCAGCUGGCGACUCCGCGUUGUGGAAGGGGGAACACCGCUGUGAAUAGGGGCGUGGAGAGGGGGCAUGGUGCGCUGGGGCGAGAGAUCUUGGGGGGUUUGUCCUGUGGACGUUUUUUGCAGUUGGUUGUUGGCCGCAGUGGAGCUAUAAUUGGGAACCGGUGGGCCUUGCAGUUUGAGGUGGGUCGAGGGAGAGUGCACGACGAUGGUGGAGGUCGGGAAUGCGGGUUUCGCAUGGAAAGAGGAAAUGCGCGGUAGAGCGAGUUGGCGAGUUGGGGAUGAUGGUGUUUAUCAGAGCCCCGUUUUGUGGAAACGGUGGCAGUUGUCCGUUGCAAACACAUGGGCACGGAGAUUCGUCUCGGAAUGAUAGUUGCAUCUAUGGUCGCGAGCAUAGACACGUUGCUUGACACGACGUUUGCAGGGGCGAGCGAGCUCCUGACUCCAUUGCUUCUUUCCCACUCUCUCUUUCUUUCUCUUUGAAGAAGUAACGAAGAGGGGAAACAUGGACCUAGUAACGGGUUGGAGGUCCGUACGGUUGGAGAGCGGAGGCUGUUAUCGUGCAAAACUGUGUGGCCUGUGCGGCCUAUAUACGCCUCCCUCUGUAUGAGUUGUAUCCCUCUUCAUGUUUGCUUCGUGUGGCAGCUGCUGUGUGCUGCUUUCGAAGGUGCUGUGUUGUGGGGCCUGUAUCCAACCGGGAUGUGUGUGCAGCAUCAGCUGGUUGGAGUACGACAGGCCCUUAGAAAGAUUUUGAAAGAGGGUAGGGAGCUUCGAAGCGUUGAAAUAUGACCUAGCGAGUGACUGUGCGAGACGGGAGCAGGUUUGAGAAGUGUCCGGUGUGAUCGUAUAAAGGCGGAGCCGGCAGCAGCAGCAGUGGGUGUAUGUUGAUCCCGCUUCCAACAGU